AUGGCCUCAGCCGUGCACGUGAUGCUGUAUGGCUUGCUUCCUCUCUGGCUUUUCUCUUCCUUGUCUGACACAUCCGCCUUUCAUGCCAUCGGUGUCGCCAUGUCAAUCGAGGGCGCGUUAGCUCCGGCCCAUAGGGCUAGGACUCUGAGCCGCCCUCUGGAGCGGCGGCUGCGCCUCCUCAAAUCCGUACUACCAUCACUGGAAUCGGCUGCCGGGAAUAUGUAUUACGCACCCAGGAGGAAAAGGUUCGGCCAGGAUAAGGCAAAGCAAUUCUGGGCUAAGUUUUUGGCCCCUUGUCUUCGGAUGUCACCAAAUGGAUGGAAUUUCCACAACCUUAAUGACCAGCAUGAUGAACUUGUCAGUCGUUUGCUGGAGCGUCUUGAAAAGACUGUUUCCAUCGAAAAGUCGGCGAUUGCGGAGGAGUUUACAUCGUCGACCUUUCCGCAGCUGGAGAUGCUGAGAAUCUGGACGCGAGAGACUCCCGGGGAUUCCGAGGACACCGAGGACACCGAGGACCUAUUCGCUGGCCAUUGGAAUAUUCUCGUACCAACUGACCAGCUGAUCUGCAAAGACCUUAUCGCUUUACUUGAUGAGUUUGCCGAUGCUCUGGAGGGGUUCAGCAAGCCACCUCCAUCCGAAGAGGUGGCGCCAGUGGUUUCAAGGCCGCGGCUAUCAAUCGCUCCGCUUCUCCUCAAAUUGUUUUCCACCAUUUCAGCGUACUGUCGCUGCUCGUGUAGUCACCAGGCCAUGUUACUGCUCUGUACUCGUCGGUCUUUGCCCCAAGACAUCGAUUUUCACUCCUUCACCAUGCUUCUAAGCCGCAAACAUGGCAGAGGCAGUCCUUGGCAAGAAACAAAAGUGGCCAUCCGAGAGCAGAUCACUCGGCCAAAACCUCGUUUUAUGUUCUCCGAGCCCUCGCGUUUACCAGGGAGAGGCCAAAGCCCCACGGAUAGCUCGCCUGAGCAUGUGAAGGAUCUUUGUAUUACUAUGCUUAGUCUCACAGCAUCUCGUUUGCAUCUUAAUAUCGAGGGCCAAUCCCUCUUUAAACUCCCCGAAACAGACCCCGGGAUUUCAGAGCUCAAGAACGUCGAAUCUGUGAGCCUUGCAGAGGGACUGCUGAACAAUGAUACCGAGCUCGAUAUCGACAGCAAGACAUGCCUUGCCGUUGUUCUGUCUCAUUCGCUGCUUGACUUUUGUUGGGAGCCAUGGUUCCCAAAUGGAUGGUCGAGAUCUAGCAUAAAGCUACUCCAAAAUAGCGAGAGACUUUCAUUACGCCCGACCCUAGCGACCUCUCUCCGUUCUCGUUCAGAAGAUCCUUCUUUACCCACGAUACCCAAUGACCUCAAGCUGCUCUUCCACGGAAUCCUCUUGAUGGAGAUAUUCAAGCAGGCAGAAAUAUCUCUUGCCAUGAAUCAUAGAGACAUGAUCAACGACAUUGAACAUUUCCGGAUGAUCGCUCGAAAAGAGUUUGACCAAAUAAAUUGGGCCGUCCAUGAAGGGUUCAGGCAGUCGGUGACAGCUUGCCUCGAUGGGAUUCCAGAAAACAGACUGGAUCCUUCAGAAAAUGCGGAAGAAUCAUUUGCCACAAACUUCUGCAAGGCAAUCAUUAGUCCUUUGGAGAGGGACUUUACUUCUCUUUGGGGAAAGAAGGAUCCCGACCAGGUUUUGUCAGGAAUUAGUCUUCCCACUAUUAAAUUGCGCAGUAUUCCACCCAGGAAACCUCCUCCAAGACCAAAGCCUGAUCAUUUGAAGAUGAAAUUCUCAAACCCAUUUAUGUGUUCAAGGCUCAAUCAUCCUUCAGUCCCUAGCUGGUCUACUUCAUACGUGCGUGGUUCAACUAGUGGACCACUUCCAUUCAAGUUCUUCGACACUGACGACAGACCCGAAGAAACCCAAACUAAGAGGGCCAAAGAAUGGUUCCAGAGAUAUGACCGGGCCUUCCAAGCUCAACAAAAAGCCCUGCCAAUCAAAGGUAAGGGCAUUACGGUUGCCAUUUUAGACACGGGUAUCAACUUGCAAAAUAAGUGGAUCUCAGCGAAGAUUGGUAGAAUCAAAUGCUGGCCUUCAAGAGCUUCUUGCAACGACACUGACGGUCACGGUACUCAUGUUGCCUACUUGCUUAUGAGGCUUGUGCCUAGUGCAAACAUCCGAAUUGCCAAGAUCAGCGACUCACAGCUACUUAACGACGACGACAUCAUUCAACGAAUUGCCAAGGCAAUUGAGCACUUUUCUUCCAAAAGUGGAGAUCCCGUGGACAUCAUCAACCUCUCCUUUGGUUUCCCAGAAUACAAUGACAGACUUCAACCUAUACGCAAAGCACUUCUUCAGGCACAGCAGAAUAACGUGCUAUUGUUUGCCGCGGCGGGUAAUGCAGCCGGUAAUGAGGGGGUAUACUGGCCCGCCAGUAUGGAAGUCGUGACCCGCGUCAACGCCGUUGACGGCGAUGGGAAUGUGGCUGGCAUUAGCACAACAGGUGGAGAACUGCGACCCAUCUUCACGCUAGGCGAAGGAGUGCCAUCAUGCCAGUUGAACUCGUCCAGCAACGAGGUAAUCUAUCGGAGUGGCACCUCAUUCGCCACGCCCAUCGCCGUAGCUACUGCGGCUAUUGUGUUGGGAUAUAUGAACGACUUCAACGAGGCAGUCGUCCCGGAGGACGUUGAGUCCCUGAAGAGUCGGCUGCGUACGAAGUCAGGGAUGGAAGGGGUGCUCCGUGAAACAUGUGUCUUGCAGGGGCCGAUGAAGAGGACGGACAUUGCAUACAUUGCCCCUUUCUCUUUUUCUUAA